UCGUCACCUUUCUUCCUUUGCUUAUCGCCAUGCCGAUGUACCAGGUAAAGCCCUAUCACGGGGGCGAUGUGCCUCUUCGUGUGGAGCUUCCCACCUGCAUGUACCGGCUCCCCAAUGUGCACAGCAGGACCGACGGCCCGGUGCCCAACGCGGGCCACGUGCAGGAAGAAUGUAAUCCGUCUCUGCAAGCUUUGGAGUCCCGCCAAGAUGAUAUUUUGAAACGUUUAUAUGAGUUGAAAGCUGCAGUUGAUGGCCUCUCCAAGAUGAUUCAAACACCCGAUGCAGACUUAGAUGUAACUAACAUAAUUCAAGCAGAUGAACCCACUCCUUUGACAACCAAUGCGUUGGACUUGAACUCAGUACUUGGAAAGGAUUAUGGGGCACUGAAGGACAUCGUGAUCAAUGCAAACCCAGCCUCCCCUCCCCUCUCUCUGCUCGUGCUGCACCAGCUGCUCUGUGACCACUACAGGGUCCUGUCCACCGUACACACACACUCCUCAGUGAAGAAUGUGCCUGAAAACCUUCUCAAGUGCUUUGGAGAACAGACUAAAAAACAGCCCCGUCAGGAGUAUCAACUGGGUUUUACUUUAAUUUGGAAGAAUGUGCCGAAGACACAGAUGAAGUUCAGUGUCCAGACGAUGUGCCCCAUUGAAGGAGAAGGGAACAUUGCCCGUUUCUUAUUCUCUCUGUUUGGCCAGAAGCAUAAUGCUGUAAAUUUAACCCUCAUUGAUAGCUGGGUAGACAUUGCUAUUUUUCAGCUAAAAGAGGGAAGUAGUAAAGAAAAAGCUGCAGUUUUCCGUUCCAUGAACUCUGCUCUUGGGAAAAGCCCUUGGAUCGUUGGGAACGAACUAACUGUGGCAGAUGUGGUGCUGUGGUCAGUACUCCAGCAGUCUGGAGGUUGCAGUGCACCAGUGCCAGCCAAUGUUCAGAGGUGGAUGCGGUCAUGUGAAAACCUGGCCCCUUUUAAUACUGCCCUCAAGCUCCUUAAGUGAAUUUCAAUAACUGAUUUUAAAGAGUUUAGACUUGAAGAAUAAUACUGUUUUGUGCCUAUUGUCUGUAAAGGGACUUAUAUUAGAAUCAAAGUCUUUUUAUUUAGGCCAAUUGUCAAGUAUCAAUAAAAUAUGAUAUAAUU